UGUCAUCUUUCGCCAGUGCGGAGGGAAGCACUUAUUGGGGUAGGACGAAGACAUACCGCUAUUUGGAUCCGUUCUCUAUGAAUGAUGGCGUCUUUGACGCUGCUGAUGAUAUUCCUGGUUCUGGCUCUUGGUUCUCACCAAGCGAAUGCUUUCACAAGAACAGCCUGCGAACAUAGAAAGAUGUAUAUACGUUGUUCUGGUACAAUUGUUGUAUCGGGAGUAUUUUGGGGGCGCACGAACACGCGCCUGUGCGGGGGUUACAAAACGUCGAAUUGCAUUGACAGAAGCGGACGCUCAUUGGCGAAGGUGAAACAACUGUGCCAUGGGAAAAUUAAUUGCUACUUUGCGGUGACUCCACAGACCCUGCUGGUGGACCCUUGUUCGGGAGUUACGAAGUAUCUCACGGUGACCUACACGUGCAAGCCUCCGCCUACCCCACCGACUAUAGGCCCGGCGAAAAAUGUAGCAUGCGGCAACAAUACCAAGGCAGACAUAUUCUUCCUUGUCGACUCCUCGGGUAGCGUCCGGAAAAGGAACUUCGUCCAUCUCCUGCGCUUCAUCAACACACUCGUCAACCAACUGGCGAUCGGCCGGAACCAAGUCCGGGUGGGGCUUAUCAGGUUCAGCUCUGGAGUCCAGCUCCACAUCCCCCUGAACCGACAUUACACGAAGGCGACCCUGCGAGCGGCUGUCCGGUACAUCCCGUUCAUAAGUGGAAGCACCGCCACAUCAGCUGUGCUAAACAACAUGCGAACCGUUGGCUUCACAGCACGGCAUGGCGCCAGGGCGGGUGUCCCUCGGAUAGGCAUCCUGAUAACAGAUGGCAUCCCCAACAACAUGCCAAAAACGCUCCAACAGGCCGCACUCUGCAAGCGAGCCGGCAUCGAGAUAUUCUGUGUGGCAGCGCAGGCCCCGGGGUAUGCUAAAAAAGCCAUUAAACAGAUCGCCUCGAAUCCUAAGCAGUCACAUUCUUUCAUCGUCGACAAGUUCAGCCAGAUGACUUUGAAAGCGCCCCCUAUCGCGAGGAAAAUAUGUAAAAAGUUGGCCAAGUUGCAACCAACGACGACAACAUCGACGACAACGACGACGACGCCAAGUACUACAACGACGACUACGACAACGACAACGACAACAACGAAAGCCCGGGUCCAUCGGUUGGAUUGUGACCGGUUAGAUCGCCGCACUCAAGCCACCGCUACGUGGACACUAUUUGUAAUGUUUUGA